AUGGACCGGGUCUACAUGGAUCAGAUGGAUUUAAGAACCUUGAUCCGGUUCGGUCGGUCGUGUCAAGAACUCAACAGCAGAGUGGAAUCAUAUAUGGGCCAUACAUUCACUGUCAGCCGCUAUCUGGAACCAGUCCUUCUACCAAGCGAACAUUCAUCAUUCCGUCACCUACAAUACGAUACUGGUCUUGUCAUUUCAGGUUCUACGGUUUUGCAUUUUAUCAGCCGUGACACUUCUUGGAGGCCUGCGAAUCUUGACCUGUAUGUUGAACUUAGACGUGCAUCCCCCGUCAUCGCAUGGCUACUUUCGGCGGGCUUUAUAUAUCUAUCUCGUCCGUUUGACGAUGACUAUGAAACAGCACAAUCUGCGCUAAACAAAGCUCAACAUAUUCUCAACUACAACAAAGAACGGCCCGGAAGAGACAACUGUCGCGGUGUCCAGCUCGCCUUUUGGAGGAACUGUCAUUUUAUCACACUAUACGCCACCACGCAUUCCGUCAUGGAGGCUAUCCUGACUUUCCACAGUACCGGUAUUAUGAACAUGAUUACGCACGACAAAGUGUACAGUUUGUAUCCGAACGCCACGUUUGGACACCAGCUAUUCCUUUUGCAACCAGGCUUCGACUUUAAACGCAUACCAUGGAUCAUGAUGAAGUACCACGCGAUAGGUUACAGUUUCGCCUGUUCCUUACCUCAGAACACCCCUGCCCAAUUUCACGCCUAUACCUACAGAACGAGCGACGUUAAAAACGCACUUCGCGUUAGCUACCACGACGAAACUUUGGGCAAGGCUAUCAGAAUUAAAGUUAAUCUCGAUCCGCAAUCGGGUUCUGUCUUCCGUUCCGGUAUGCGUCGUGUGGGAGACUCUCAAUGUUGGGUAUUCAAGUUGCCCUCUUUGAGUGUCGCGGAGCAGGAUCAAUUAAUUGAAGGCAACACCUGGUCUUUGUCGACAGACAAAUUAGGGUGCUUGCAUUUGAGCUGGAACAGGUUGGAAUACCUUGAACUCGGUGGUUUCUAUACUUCCGUUGAAGUCCCCUUGUUCAUAUCCCUCCUGGAAACCAUUUUGCGCACAUGUGACACUGACAGUGCUUUGGACAAUUGCUUGUUGAACAACGUUAAAGGUCUUUUAACGGACGACGAAGUUAUCUCUGCAGCUAACAAGCACCCAGUGCUAAGUGCGCUUUGGGACGGGCUGCACAUAGACGGGUAG